GCCCUUAUUAUGGCGAUGACAGCAGCAACACACCUUUCCACGUCAGGAAGGAGGAAGACGCACAGUAGCCGCACGUCAUUUGUGUCAGCGUGAACUCAGCGAGAUCUGCUCCUCUUCUCCCCCGUCUGUCCUCCAUCCAUGCCCGCUGUGUGAACCCGCUCCGUCCGGGAAUAUUCUGCUCUUUCACCGGAUCUCAGAGCUGUGGAAUGAGUUUUAUUACCAACUUUAGACGUACCGUGAAGAAAAAUGACGGCAAAACGGAUGCCAGCAAGGCACAGGACAUCCUCGACAGCCCGGGGGCCCCAAACCAGUUGUCCGUCAUAAACAGUCCAGAAAUGGAUCCCAUCAUCACAGACUUCAGGUUACAGCUUUCGGACAACAAAGAUGCUCCGCAAUCAACAAAUCCAUCAAAUGGGUGCUCGCGAUCAGACCUGUCGCUGGCUCUGGAGGACUGCAUGGCCGCCCUGGAUCUGUUCCUCAGAAACGAGUUUGAGGAGGCGCAGUCUCGGCUUAGAUCCAGAACCAAAGACAGCAUGUAUCACGCUCUGACCUAUGCCACCAUCCUGGAGAUGCAGGCCAUGAUGACCUUUGACCCCCAACACAUCCUGACUGCGGGAAACACCAUGAAAGAUGCCCAGGCCAUCUGUCAGCGGUACCGCAAGAAGUCGAGCUUCUCCAAGAACUUCACAGAAGAGGAGAUUCAUGCUGAGGUUUGCUACGCUGAGUGUCUCCUGCAGAGGGCAGCACUCACCUUCCUUCAGGAUGAAAACAUGAUCAGUUUCAUCAAAGGGGGAAUCAAAGUCAGGAACAGCUACCAGACAUACAAAGAGCUUCACACGAUCCUCCAGUCUCCUGGAUACUCUCAGGGGGACAACCACUGCCAUUUUGAGGGUGGUGUUAAACUGGGAGUCGGAGCCUUUAAUCUAAUGAUUUCCAUGUUGCCCACGCGGACGCUCAAGCUGCUGGAGUUUGUCGGCUUCACUGGUAAUAAGGAGUUCGGUCUUCAGCAGCUUCUGGAGGGCUCCGCAGAAAGCACAUUCAGGUCCUUUCUUUGCAACAUGCUGCUGCUCUGCUAUCACACCUUCAUGAGCUUCAUACUCGGCACUGGAGAAGGAGACGUUGAAGAUGCAGAGAAACUGUUGCAGCCAUAUCUCGAAAAAUAUCCCACGGGAUCCAUCUUCUUGUUCUUCGCUGGUCGAAUAGAAGAGAUCAAAGGAAACUUGGAUGCUGCUAUCAAGCGUUUUGAGGAGUGCUGCGAGGUCCAGCAGCAGUGGAAGCAGUUCCACCACAUGUGUUACUGGGAGCUGAUGUGGUGCUUCACAUACAAGAGGCACUGGAAGAUGGCCUACUUCUACGCUGACCUGCUCAGCAAGGAGAACACUUGGUCCAAGGCUACUUAUGCGUAUAUGAAAGCAGCAUACCUCAGCAUGCUGACUCCGGAUGACUGCCUCACCUUCGGGGAGACUGCGCUCACUCUGUUCAGGCAGGUCCCAGGGCUGAAGCAGAAGAUAGCGGGGAAAUCUUUACCAACUGAGAAGUUUGCUAUCAGGAAAGCCCGUCGCUACCUUGCAGAAAACCCAAUUGCUCUUCCCGCUCCUCCACUGGAGAUGAUGUACAUCUGGAACGGCUACACAGUCAUUGGGAAACACAAAGACCUGACCGAAGGCAUGCUGAAAACACUGGGCGAGGCGCAAGCUAAACUGGACAGCACCCCAAGGUCUGAGUUCACCGUAGACGACCAGUGUCUGCUGAGCCUCUUGAAGGGACUGUGUCUCAAACACCUGGGGCGUCAAGAGGAAGCCGAACAAUACUUUACCCUUGUGCUCUGCAAUGAGUCUCAGAUCAAGUACGACCACUACCUGGUUCCUAAUGCUCUGCUGGAGCAUGGCCUGCUGUGUCUGGAGCAAGGCAGGAACGCUGAAGCUAUCAGCCUCUUAGAAACCGCAAUGCAAAAUUACAAGCACUACUCAAUGGAAUCCCGGACACACUUCCGUAUUCAAGCUGCUCUGCAGAAGGCCAAGGGCGUGGGGGAGAAUGGCAUCCAUUCUCCCUCCAGCCCUUAACAGACUGAGGAGGGCUCACUAGAGCAGCUACUCUGACUGUAGUCCCACAAUGUUACACUCAGCCCAACCCAUCGGCGGGUGAUUUUUAUUUUUUUCAUCAGAAGGGUAGGGGAAGAUGGAUGCUUGUUUUCCUCUUGUGUGCUGCCCUUUCGAGGGACUGCACUCCUGACUGAAUAAGACCCUUUUCCAGAGAUAUAUAUUAUGUUGAGAAAAGUGCCUAUAUUAAUGAAACAUUACUUGUAGCAGGUUUGUUUGUGCCCACCCAUAAGGGCCACACAAGGUUAGGAAACAAGGUACCAUUUGUGUAGUUUAUACUGCAGAUUGCCUCCACGACUACCCCAGGAUAAAAAGUGCUCAGUUCAGGGCGGUGUCCCAAAUACCCCCAAAAUACCUGGUUGGUACAAAGCUCUCCCACCUCUUUUAAUUUAAUGAAAGAUUAUUGAUGAAAUUAUGUAUCAUGAAAAUCAUGGUGAUCAUGUGUUUGACAUCAGGUACAUAUCAUAUCAUAUUAUAUCAUCAAAGUCACCACAGGGUCCAUGAGGACUAUGAGACUGUUUUGUAUUGUGGAACAGUUGAAAGGUUUAUUUAGAUAUUUGAUCAAAACCAGUAUGACCUAAAUUGAUUAACAUUAGUUAUAUGUUGGAUUCACUUUUACACCCCAUACAAUGUGGUUCCCUGUGUUUCUCUGAGUAAGUGAACAUUUUUUUAUGUUUGACAUUUUCUUCCCUUCCUUGAAACCUAUUGAAAUAUUGAAGACACACAUUUCGUCGUGUGCAGUACUCUCUUUCAGUCUCCUUCUGAAGAAAUAAUUAAAUCUGCAAUCCUGUUAUAUUUACGGUUACAUGUAAUGGCUUUUGCACAGAGCUUUGUAAAUCAGCCAGCCACACAAACUCUCCACAGUCAAAGAAUCAGAGUUGCAGUGAGAGAUGUUCUUUACAUUUAUAUACUGUAAAUGGCACCUUUUCCACAAAUUGUCCCGUUUUAAGAGGACAGAUGAAUGUGUCUUUUAGAAAGGCAGACUCCCUCCUUUUCUCCUCCUGGCUUGUGGGACAGGCUCCAACAGUACUUGAGCUUGAACAAAAAGGCCAUUCAUGCCGAGCAGUGAAGGACUGCGUGCAAGUCCGCGUGUUGCAUCUUUAGUGAGUGAAGAAGCUCCGAACGGGAACCACCACAGUCUUCCUGCUUUGUGAAUAUCCUCUGCUGCUCCUGCAUCUAUCUGCCAUGCUUGACUACAACCACCUAUCAAGGGACAUGGACAUCAUAAUUAUGCUAAAAUAAUAAUCUUUAUAUAAACAAACACUUGUCAUUGUUGAUGAAAAGACAGAAAGGGGUCACCUCUCAUUGUGUUGGUGGCAAGGUUCUUUGAAGGGCUGUGUUUCAGCAACAGUGUCCAAAACCUGGAAGCUCAGCUGGUGUCUCAAGUGUUGGAAUAAGAGCACUGCUGAUUUAUUCAUGAUUAGAUUAAGGUUUAGGAUUCAAUACAAAAAGUCAGUUUCAAUUUUUUUAAUGGUGAAGGAAAUGUACUUUCAAUAUAGUUUUAACAACUCUCCUAAAUAUUUUGGGAACAAAUUAUAUUUAAUUGACUGCAAAAUGAUUCAACUUAUUUUUCUUUUUUUCUAUUUAGUUUUGCAGAUAUAGCUGAAAGAAACUAACCAAAUGUAGUGGCAUUGUUACGUUUACGAUCCGUUUUUAUUGGGCAUGACUACUACUGAGAAGAAUGACAUUCCUGUAUAUACUGAUGUUUCUAUUGUAAUUUAAGAUGACAUGAUGAUAAGCAACUAAAAAAACACAACCCAUAUUCUGUCGUUUUUUUGUCAUUUGUGCACCACAAACAGAACAACACAAUACAAUGUGCACAGUACAAAGUGGUAUUAUUUACAGAACAAAGAGGUACCUCAUUGCACUCUUUGUUCUCAUAGUGUGACCUAAUCCUCUAGAUACAGUUAAGUAAUUUCAUCUUGCUGAUGUGAAAGACAAUAGGAGCCAGGGAUAAGAAGACAGUGGGUAUUAGAAUAGUAUCGACAUCAUAUUAAAUUGUA